UCGUCAACAAUGGUGGAACGGAUUCUAAGCUGUGCUAAGCUGUUACUGACGUUUUUAGGCAGUGUUCGUUUUAUGAUAUAAAAAUAUCAAUAAUGAUCAAUAUUCCACAUGAAAUACUAAUUGCGACAAUAUUGCAAUAAUAUUUCGCUUAUACUUCACUGAAAAAAAUAAGAAUGUGUGAUGUUUGUUCAGAAUUUUCGCAGCUUUUAGUAAAUUGUGAAGCCAGAUUGACCGACGAUGUUUCUCAAUACCCAACAAUAAGCCAAUCUGAACUAGAAACUGUUCUGAACUACAUUCUUUCAUGGCCUCAAAGACAAUGCAUGUGCUGCUAUAGAGAUGUGAAGAACUUUGAGAGGUUCUAUUUAAUGGUGCAGAGUAUACUAUGUUUAUCAGUAUGUCAACUAAAGCAACUAAAGGAUGACUUGAUAGAAGCAGCUAAAGUACUUCUACCUGAAGACAAACAAGAUACAUUAAAACCUGAUGAUACAUCAAUAUCAAGCAAUGAAGACAAAAAUACUGAGCAAAGGCAUUGUACUCCUGAUCCAGAUAAAUCAUCAUCUCCAGGGAGAAUUGAAUCUAUAAAAGAUGCAAAAGAUGAAAUAUUAUCAACAUCAAAUGAUGAUUCAGAAGUGUGGCCUAUGCAACAAAAAGAAAAGCUCAUGCAUAUUGUGUCUAAAAUAUUUCUACUUAAUUUCCCCUUAUACCUAGCUUGCAAGCAUUCUGCAUUAAGUCGGUUAGAUGACCUCUCUGCUCAAGAAAUAUCAAAUCUGAGUUCAUACUGUGAUCUGCAUGAUACUGAGAUACCAGCUUACUUGUUAAGAAAUGUGAGUCUCUUCUGUAAAUUGGGAGGAGUGUGUGCCAUGACAUCUGUAUUUGAACAUGCAACACCAAGUACACUUCCAUUGUCUAUGGCACAUGCAAUAGUGGCAGCAGUAGGAAAUCUGAAGCUAUGGUUGAACUUCAGGGCUGUAGCCCAAUUGUUUAUGCCAUUGAGAAGUAAAAUAUUAAAGUACAUGUGUAACUUGGAAGAUAAAGACCUUCGUGUCCCAGCUGUCAAAUCUAUGGCGGAUUUCAUGUGGGGUGCUGCUAAGGAGCCUUUAGAUGCACCACUUGCAUUUGAUGUCGAGGGACUGGCAUUGGCAUUUAAAUAUUUCAAUAGUAGCACUCUUACUAUGCGUCUUGCUGGAGUGGCACAGAUAAAUGCACACAUAGCAGCUCACAAUGAACUCUGUGCUGGAGAGCCUGCAGCAGACACUGAAUUAACAGGGCAGCAAUUGGCGACAUGGCUUACAAAUAAUAACAUCAUAGAACAUUUAUUUGGUCCUAACCUACAUGUUGAGGUCAUAAAGCAAUCUCAUAUGAUCCUGAAAUUCCUUGCUGUCGAAGGUCGAGUGACUGCUGAGCAUGUUGAAUUGGUAUGGGCGGCAGCGCAAUUAAAGCAUUGCGGUAGGCAGGUGUAUGAUCUUCUACCAGGUUUCAUUCGUGCACUUGCGCCGAAGCCUUGUGCUCAUUUGUAUAGUCUUCUGUGUGCAUUGCCACCAAAGGAACACACAGAGCAGAGUUUAUACCUGGCGUCGGCAUUGAUGCGGGCGAUGUGGUCCCGAGGUACAGGCGGUGGGAGUGGGUCGGCGGGCGUGGGGGCGGGCGCGGGAUCGCCGGCCGCGGAGCCAUUGAGGCCUGCGCCCGCCUGCAAGCCCCACCACAACUCUUCCUCAGAGGCCAGCGUUAGCAUGGACCAGACUAACUCUGAUGACGACCCGUGUGAAGAACUAAGUACUUCAGGUGAGGAGGCAGGACCCACGCCACGGAAACAAAGCAAACAUCAACGUGAACUUACUGCGGAACAGGAAUGGCUCCGCGAAGGCGAAGAACUGACGAAAAAGGAGUGUCCGACACUUAAAUCUUGUCAAAAACGCAACAAGCGCGCCGGCAGCAGUGGUAGUGCCAGUAGCGGAGCGGAAGAACUACUUCGUCCACGUAAGAAGAAACUUUACAAGAAGCGACACAAGCCUGGCAAAACAAGACAUUUCCCUAAUCAGCUAAAAGCGACAGAUUUAGCUGAGUCGGUUUCUGAAGUAGAAGAAGAAUCAUCUGGUAGUGAUACGGCUCACUGCCAGUUACUGUGCGAUAACGUCGAUGCCAGGAGGCUGAUGGAACUACGUUUAAUGGAGAGUUACAAACGUAGAGGGGCAGAGGGCGAGGAGGAAGAAGGCAGUGCUUCGUCAGCAAUGUCGCCACACUCGCAUCCACACAUCGCCGACUUGGACGAUGACGAUUCCGCUUGCGAGGAGGAGCUCGCUCGUCUCGCAGCACAAGCGCAAUGUUUGACCGAGUAUCAACCAGCAAGGGCAGGGGGCGGGGGCACCGCGACUGCUCCUCCCUGCGACGUGGAUGCCGUCUGUCGUCCCGGAAAUACGCUCUUGUGGGAUCUCUUACAAGACGGCAACAUCGAACAAUUGGGUGAAGGAUUAGCUUUAGAAGCGGAAAAGGCCCUCUGCGCACUAUUAUGCUUUAGCACAGACAAAUUCAUAAGAAUAAAAUUCAUAGAAGGUUGCUUAGACAACUUAGCUAAUCAUAGGUCUGUUGCGGUAUCCCUUCGUCUACUACCGAAAUUGUUCUCGUCAUUUCAACAGUUACGAGGCAUGGAUAUGCACCAGGUGGUAAUGUGGGCGGAACGAGAACGCGGCAUGAUGAGAUUGUUCCUAGAGGAUUUGCGACAUUAUAUGCAGCAACCACGGGCGAGCGGCGAUCAUGCACAUUACGCGCACGUGACCGAACUUACUGUACGAUUACACUUCCUCACGGCUAUAUUCUCGCCGGUCGGCUCUCCACAACACUUUAGGCUAACAGUGGAACAAGUUGAGGAGUUGUGGCAAUGCCUUGUGGUACGCGGUGGUGCUGAGUGCGCGGAUUGCUUGUACUCGUGGCUGCUGUCACAUACGAAAUCACCUGAGCAGCACGCGUUGGGACUGGACGCGCUACGAUUCCUAUAUGUGGAGAAGAUGCCCACACUUGAUCCUGAGACAAUAAGCAUAAUGGGUUUAAGCUUAUACCAGCAACUGUGUAACUUGGCCCGAAUGGCGUUAGGUGCGGGUGAUUCACGUGACUCUGCCCAUCCGCACACACUUGCUAUGGAUCACCUGUGGAAGAUUGCACUACGAGCUAACAGCACAGAUGUCUCAAUGGGAGCAAUCCAGUACCUGAAUAGCUAUUAUAUGGGCCAGCAAUUGCAACAGGAGGAUGAUUUCGUUUCGAAAUGCAUGUUCCAUUUAUCAUCUGCUGCGGAAAGGUUGAUAUCUCAAAAUCAAGAUGACGAAGCUUCCGCUGGGACGUGCGAAGAAAAAUCGGAAGAAAAGAAAGAGACGGAGAAGGCAGUUGACAAACAAAAUAUUUACGAGCACAUGACGGAAGAGGCUGCGUUACAGUGCGUACAGCGUGCCCUUUUAUUAUUAAAGACACAUCUGGACACAUUCAAAAGAAGAUACGCUUAUCACUUACGUCGAUGGGCGUUGGCAGAGAGUGGGGCGUGGGAGGGAUGCGGUGGGCCGGGAACUGUACGACUGACUCUGCAACCGGCUGGCGCUGGGCCGCGAGCUUCCUUAUCACUACACCAUCACGACCUUGUGGCACAUUUACGUGCACACGUGCAUGUCUGGUGGGAAAAACAAAUACAAGGAGAAGAAGGCGUCACUGCGUUGUCUACAGAUGGUCCUUUGCGUAUGAUCACACAGGGCCAGGAGCUUACUAUUGACUAUGACGAAAGGACACUCUACGAUAUGGGCUUUAAAGAUAAUCAGUUGGUAUUCGUGUCUGUGGGCGUGGGUGGUCGCGGGGCGUGGGCGGAGUGGCCAUCUGCUCAACCGGCACCGGCGCGUGCGCGUCUCCCCACUUUGCUCCUACUUGAUCCCGUCUGCUUCCACCAGCUGUUUACGCUCAUGCAAGCCCUGGCCCAGAUGAGAGAGCCGGGUCCCACGUCGGAACCAGUCGCUCAUACUAAAGCGCAACUGCUUUCUCGACGCGUAUGGGAUAUACUACAAGCGGUACCACUUAACCCAACUUUGUUAGAAGCAUUCCAGAACCCCAGUGAAAGCAAACUACCUGAGCUUCUUGAUCCCACCAGCCCUCAGAAACUAAUGUAUUCAUUGCACAUCAUAGAUAAACUUAGCUCGAAUAGUACUCCUAAUGUGAAGGAACCGACAAGUGCCAUCGAGAAGAGUGAAGAGGAAAAAGUUUGCGUUGAGAAUUGGAAUGACUUGUUUAUAAAAAAGGGUGGCUUAAGACUUCUUUACGAUAUAAUGAUGUCAGGAGUACUGCAACGUAGUGACGACAGUGAAUGGCGGCAAGAUUGCUUAGCUUUAUUACUUCAACUAUUAUGUCGUAUAGGAACAUUACCAUCUGCGGAUCCUGCGCAAACGCCUAAAUUACAUCCGUCGCUGCUUUCUCUGAUGACAGUAGAAGAAACAACAGAUAGGCUAAUAUCUAUAUUAUGCGAGGCCGCUGUUCUCAAGGAACCCGCCACAUAUAAAACUGGCUUUUGGGGGCGAGCACAGGUAGUACAACACGCAAUGCGUAUGUGUGUAUGGUGGGCGCGUGGAGGGGGUGAUGCAGUAGCGCUCGCGUGGUCACUUCGCCGCGCGGCGCCACGUUUGUUGUUGGAUGACGCCGACCCUGCUGUACGUCGCGAGGCUGGCAGUGCUUUAUAUCGUCUGUGUGCGGGGGGCGAGGUGGCAGUGUUAGCUCCUUUAUUGCAGUUGUUGUUAGAGCAUUUACCACGUGCCGCAGAUAUGCGUCCCCAUCACACGCCUAACCAUCAACAUCAUCACGAGGUCGUCCACCAUCACGCGGAAGAAGGCAAAGAGCCAUACGGACCGGCGUGCCGAGACUACUUUUGGUUAGUCUGCCGCUUAAUAGACGGCUUGCCAGAGGAUUUCUUCAAAGAAGGCGCAACAUCUGAAGACAGCGGCGCGCCUGAUCUGAAUGAACUUUGUGAACAGAUAAGUUCCUCAUUAGAGAAGCGCGAGAUCAUAGAGAAACGCGCUGAACCGUGCACUCCUGAUGACGGUCUGUAUGGCCAGCUGAGUUUACUUACACAUUUGCUCAAACACCCGCUAAGAUUCAAGACUUCCGAACAAGGCACUAGGACAUUAGAAAUGGUUUUCGGCUUUCUAUUUGACGUGCCAAAUCCCGAUCAAAGGUACUUGCCCAAAUGCAAGUCGCAGAAGUCUCGUGCGGCAGCUUACGAUUUACUAGUGGAACUAGUGAGAGGAGCUCCAGACAAUUAUAUGGUGUUACAUCAUAAACUUAUGGAGCACCAUAAGCCUGGCCCUCAGUCGUCUUACCCGUGGGACUACUGGCCGGCGGAGGAAUCUCGUUCUGAAUGCGGCUAUGUAGGGCUUACUAAUUUAGGCGCAACCUGUUACAUGGCCUCUUGUAUGCAGCAUUUGUACAUGAUGCCCCAAGCGAGGGCCGCGGUAUUACGAGCCGAUCCUGCCGCAAGUAGACACUCGCCUACCUUGCACGAGAUGCAGCGUAUGUUCGCUUAUCUUAUGGAUUGCCCGCACGUGUCCCGCACUCUGGAAGAGUUCUACACGGUGCGAUGUCAGGUUGCAGACAUGCGCAAUCUGCACCAGAGUCUCGACGAGGUCACAGUCAAAGAUACGCUCGAGGGAGAUAACUGCUACACUUGUUCUCAGUGUGCAGCCAAAGUCCGCGCCGAAAAACGGGCAUGCUUCAAGAAGUUACCGCGUAUUCUAUGUUUCAAUACGAUGCGGUACACGUUCAACAUGCUGACCAUGCUCAAAGAGAAGGUCAAUACCCACUUCUCAUUCCCGAUGCGGCUAGACAUGUCGGAAGAAAAACGGAAAUCCGAAGAGUUCAAAAGGGAAGGGGAAAGCAGCCCGAAUGUGGAAAGUGAAGACAACUCUGAAUUUGAAGAACAUUAUGAAUAUGAACUGAUUGGUGUAACGGUACACACGGGCACAGCCGACGGUGGACAUUACUACUCGUUUAUAAGAGAUCGAGAACACGAACAUCACGAUCGCUGGUUGUUGUUCAACGACGCUGAAGUUAAACCAUUUGAUCCUGCGCAUAUAGCUGCCGAGUGCUUUGGUGGUGAGAUGACGAGUAAAACAUAUGAUUCAGUGACAGAUAAGUUUAUGGAUUUCUCGUUUGAAAAAACUAACAGUGCAUACAUGUUGUUCUACGAACUAAGUCCACCUCGCAGUCAACGCGGUUCCGACUGUGGACAACAGGAGGAAGCACAGUCAUCAAGAGCGGAAGAAUCUUCAAGCUUAUCGUCGGAACGGCGCAAUAGCGACGCUUUGCAAGUGACGUUACCGCCCGAUUUACUCAAGUGGAUAUGGGAUGACAACAUGCAAUUCCUACACGACAAGAACAUCUUUCAGCAUGCAUACUUCACGUUCAUGGGACAGAUGUGUAGUUCUGUGCCCCAGUCGCUUCUGACGUUGCGGCCGGAGAUCACUGAGGUGGCGGCACGCCUUUCCACUUCCUUUUUCAUCGAGACGUUUAUACAUGCCAAAGAAAAACCAACAAUGGUGUCGUGGGUUGAGUUGGUCACAAAGCAGUUUAAUGCGUCCGCUGCAGCUUCUGAAUGGUUUUUAGGGCACAUGGCUGACGAUACGUGGUGGCCUAUGCAGGUAUUGAUAAAGUGUCCGAAUCAAAUGGUGAGGCAGAUGUUUCAGAGGCUGUGUAUGCACGUAAUACAAAGGCUGAGAUCUAGUCAUUGUGCCUUAUACCUACAGGGUGUUGAAGAAGGCGAAGAUAAUAGCAAGUUGGGAGAAGCGAGUUGUGUUACUAGGUUUAUAAGAAUGUUGUUAUCAUUGAUGGAGAACGGUGCACGUUCGCACCUGCGUCAUUUGACUGAGUACUUCAGUUUGCUGUAUGAGUUCAGCAAGAUGGGUGAAGAAGAAGGCAAAUUUAUGCUUCGUAUCAACGCCAUUUCUAGCAUGGUGGCAUUCUAUCUCGGACAGAACGGGGCCACGGUAAUAUUUCAAAGUUAUAAAUAA